UUCAAUUUUCAAAUUUUCGGUUUCAAUCCAGGGUCCAUGCACAACAUGACAUUAGAGAGUUACACUUUUUAUCCGUCAAGUCUAGUCAGAGACGAUGAAGAGGGUAAAUACUAUAGCGCAGACGAUUAAUCUGUCAAAACCGAAAACUUGCAUAAGGCCUGGUCAGGUUCAAAAGUUGGUUAGUACCGAAAUCAAGGAACCGUGUCCACGUCCAAAAGAAGGAAAAGCCUACGAGCCUCCUAAACCAGUGACGAUAAAACUCUGCACUCGCAAAGAGCUCCAGGGAACUUGCGCACCGAAGCUCUGCGACUGCCCACAGAAACCGCCGCCGGAGACCAAAUUACAGAAACUCUGUCGAUGGUUGAAUUUCGGACUGAAGUGCUCCGUUACCGGCGGCCUCGUUAAUUGGACCUAUUCCAUAGGGUUAUGGGGGAGCAGCGAGAAAACGGAGGACAUAUACAGGGGGAUGAUAUCGGAAUUACAGUCCAUUAAGAAGCCUCCCGUCGAAACCGAGGAAGAUAUGCCGAAACUGGACGGCAUCAUGAGAGGAAUCUUCACAGGGUACAACCGAGUCGUCAUGGGCGUCAUUGGUCUGAUGGUCGGAGUGCCGAUGAAGAUUCAUGAGAAAAUCUCGGACGUACUUUUCCCCUGCGACAUGACGGAGAAUAUGGAGUACAAGGGAAAGCCUUGAAGAGAUCCGUCCAUCCUCUGGUCGAGGUUGAAAAAUUACUUCAGAAGGAGUUAACCCAUAAACUUUAUCGUUAGCCAAUCGCAAGCGGCCCCGUAAAGCUCGCAGCUUGUCGCUCCGCACAGGAUCUGAUUCUUCCAACGGCGGACAUUAAUUUCCCUCCUCCUGGGAGUGGAGGAAAGAAUCCUGGAGCUUGUUCCUCUUCUCCGUGGGUCUCUCGCAAAAUGCGAACAAAUACUCACCUCGUCUAUUUCUUUCAACACCCCAGGACCACCUUGAAAUAUCGCCCCACGGGUUUUAUCCGCGAGUGGGGGCGCGAGUCAACUAUUAUUAA